CACAAAUUUCAACCAUUUAUUCCCAGGAAGAGCAUAACUAAUAUUUCAAAACAAAUAUCCCCGGGCAAACAAAACGUCAGUGCUUCUACAGCAUAGAAAAUGUUUAUGAUUUUAAAUUCCUAAUUAAUUUCUCAAGUGAUAUUUUGCAAUUAGGUUUCGCAGUUGGGUACUGGCCGGAAAUCCAUUUUAGUCUCAGAAUUAAUAUUUUUCAAACUGGUUGAUUCGUGUAUUCAUUAAUUUCAUACAAUUCCGGUGUUUACGGCGAAGAGGACUCUCGCUUUCUGAUAUUCCAAUUGAAAUAUUAUAGUCUGCAAGGCUUGGCGAAAUGUGGCGAGGAUUCCAGUUUCUAUAAGAGAGACUGAAAAAUGAACCCGGCUAGAUUCUCGGAAAUGUUUGAGUUUUCGAGUAAAAGAUGGAAGGUUUUUCUUGAUAAGGCUAGCGAGGGAGACGGCUUAUUUCAUGGUGAAGUACGGGCUGCUACACUGAGUGAAAGUAUGGGCCAGGGAGCAGGCAAGACGUCUUGUGGUAAAAGCUGCCUCGCUCGAUUCCGCAAAUGGAUCCAUUCAAACCUGCUAGUGUUUCUCAUAUUCAUCGGUAUUCUGUUAGGAUUCGUGAUAGGGUUCCUCGUCAACUCGCCGUUAAAAAAUCUGCGCAGCGACGAGGACAGAAAAACCAACAUCAUGCUGAUAGGUUUUCCAGGGGAGUUGUUUAUGAACAUGUUAAAGCUACUGAUGGUUCCCUUGGUUGUUGCGAGUGUUAUUUGUGCGCUGGCAGCGCUAGACGGAAGGAGCUCAAACAGGGUUUCAAGGAGAACGUUCGUGUAUUACUUAGCUACGACUCUCUUGGCUGUUAUUAUUGGCGUGGUGCUAGUCACUUUUAUGAAGCCUGGAAGCUAUGGUAAACCUGAAGGAAAGGGAUUAAAGCCGAGCUUUUAUCGACCCCUAGACGCUGUUCUAGAUUUGAUCAGGUCUUGUUUCCCAAGCAACAUCAUAACUGCGGCAUUUAUGCAGCAAAGAACUCACUACACGUCUACGGCAGCCAAGGUCAGUUACGUUAACAGAACGGUAAACGUUCACAACAUGAGCCAAGCAGAGCUAAACAGCAUGAGGAUCCUAUCAAACGGCACACAUAACUACACGACUACACCACAGGCCAUCAGGGCCGCAUCAAACACCGUCCCGGAUGGCAGUAAGGCGGAUUCAGGGGAGAACGCCAACAUUCUGGGACUCCUUGUCUUUUCUCUAGUAUUUGGAGCAGUGCUAGGGAGGAUGGGGGAGAGGGGGGUACCUCUCAAGGCGCUUUUCGAGUCUCUGAAUGAAGUUAUUCUCAAGAUGCUAGCACUUGUCAUGUGGUUUGCGCCCAUUGGUGUGUGCAGUCUUAUCGCCGCCCAAAUGGCAUCGAUGGAAGAUAUCAUGGGCUCGCUAAGCAUGUUGGGCCUUUACAUGGCUACUGUCAUCGCAGGUCUGCUUGCGCAUGCUCUGUUCAUACUGCCGCUGCUGUUCAUUAUCGCUACUCGAAGGAACCCGUUGACGUUUAUAUGCGGGAUGAGAGAUGCAUUGCUCACCGCAUUUGGAACUUCUUCGAGUACCGCCACCCUCCCAUGCACCAUUCGCUGUUUAGAGGAUCGCAACCGAGUAGACGCGCGCAUCAGCCGGUUUGUGUUACCGCUGGGCAGUACGGUGAACAUGGACGGUACAGCACUGUACGAAGUGGUAGCGGCAGUCUUUAUUGCGCAAAUACAUGGCAUUGAGCUAGGACUGGAUGAUCUCGCCAUCACGUGCCUCACAGCCACAGCGGCAUCCAUCGGAGCCUCUGGCAUUCCACAGGCCGGUUUGGUUACCAUGGUAAUGGUACUGACAGCUGUCAAUCUACCAACUGAAGACAUUGGACUCAUUCUUUCAGUUGACUGGUUCAUUGACCGCAUCCGUACGACUGUGAACGUCCUGGGGGACGCCAUCGGUGCUGGGAUCGUCGAGCAUCUGUCACGUGACGACCUCAUGAACCUGGACUACACAACACGUGAAGAGGUCGUGCCACUAGACGACAAGUUUAACACACUUGACGCCGAGGCCAUGAUGGACGCACGUGAACACAAGCUAGGCUCGGACGCAUCGUUUAACGAGACCAACUUCUAAAUGUGUUCUUUCUGCCAAGUGUCAAGGGAGGUGGAAUGGUUGUCCAACUACUGCUAUGGGUCUUAGCAUGGCAAUAUGCCAACAGGCCAUUAAAGAGAAGUGGUCUAGUUAUUUUUCAGCUUGUCCGUUAUUCUAAAACUUGUCUUUCCAAUCAUACCACUAAAGAGAACACCGUGAUGAUCACAAUGGUAUGCGAAACUGAAAAUGAACAAGAAUUCGUAAACCAAAAGAACUGGAAAAUUAGAAAUUCCAUGGUUUGUAUAAAACGGAAAUUCGUAUGGCGUAACGGUGUCACACACAGGAUAAAACGUAAUUAUCCCAGUUGUCACAAGGCGUAAAUACAUACAGACCAGAGUACUUGGUAAGACGCCUCGCCAAGGCUAGCGACACGACGACGUCAAAAGGAAAACGACAUUUUUUGCAUUCUGUUAUAGUUGCGGUUAGACUAAAGCGAAACGCAACAAAGCAAUUUCAGCUGUUGAAAGCAUCGAGUCGAGGACAUAGAGGCCGGGCUAAAGGAGAAGAUGGCAAUGUAGCCCCGAGUACUUGCGCGAGGUAUCGAAUCAAGUUCAUGAGCGAACAGCAUGCUUAAAUCUUCCCAGCAUACCGUUCGCUUAUAAACUCGCUCAAUCCCCCGCGCAACGUACGAAUGUUGCACGAUUCAAGAUUGCUCCUGAACAUAUCCUUCUCCUGGUUCCUGAUCAAGGCCUGCGAAAGCGUGUUUUAUUGAUUCUGACACUGUUUGUUUGGGGUUUUAGUGAUGACAUAGACGGAAAGUUUGUAAAUAAUUUGUUUAAUAACGCAGGAUAACAAUAUGUCUAGAGUAAUGCAAGGCCUGAUGCCAAACGACAAGAUGUAAUGAAAAUCACCAUAGUAUAUAAAUAUCUUGUGGCGGAUAUGUAUAAUAACUUGGAUCUCGGAAACCAGACAGCGUCAGCGACUAUAAAAUUAUAAACCCUAAGAAUGCAAUAAAAAUCACAUUAUAUUCCCA